GGAGGGUCCUAUCACCUCUUGCUGUGCAGCAGCCGCGCAAUGGCGAGCUUCAGGGCCUGUGUGGACUUACAGCUCAAUGAGGUGCGGCGACGGCUGCAAGAAAACCUGGCACAAGAGUUGGAGCGUUUGGGCCAGGACCUGGUCGCAAGUCUUGGUGACGCUUCAAUGAGUCCACGGAUGAUCGAGCAAGUAGGUGCCAGCGUGAGCAUCGAUCUUUGGAAAGCAGAUCUUUGGCGAAAUGAAGAGGAUGAAGAGACGAAGGAGCAGCCCCUCCACAUGAUCAAAGAGGUGUCAAAAGAUCAGGUGUCAGAGAGAUCAGAGAACUCUGCACCUCUGAUGGUGACGAUCGACUCUGUGACCAAUUUCCAACACAGGCAAAUCAGUAUGGAUUCUUGUGAACGAGUCCGCAGCGUGAAGCGCCAACCGUUGGUUUUGCACCCCAUGUGGUCGCAGGAGGUCCGGGUCACCAAGAGCAACUCUCUGCGGAACACGGACCUCAUGCGCCGGCCCUCGCGCUUCGCGAUCCGUGCUGGCGAAGAGGCCUUAGGAACGGGAUGUCUUCAGAUGAUGGUCUUCCGACCCAGCAGCCUCCGCUGCCUGAUGUGGGACAUUGUUUGCUUCAUUGCCAUCGUCUAUGACACAAUCAUGGUCCCUCUCUUCUCAGCUUUUCCAAUUGACACCACUUUGGCGCUACAGAUCUUGGAGACUAGCAGUACCGUUGUGUGGGUUAUCGACAUGUUUGCGACGUUCUUCCGUGGAUUCCUGGACACACAUACAGGCUUCAUAGAGAUGCGCCUCAACAAGAUCGCCCGGCACUAUUUGAGCACGUGGUUUUUGCCGGAUAUAGCCAUGUUAGUGGUGGAUAUGAUCUCGCUGUUCUUGGUGGAUCAAAAAGCUGCUGCUACAGUCACCUUGCUACGGCUCUUCCGGAACAUCCGGAUCUUGCGGCUUCUGAAGAUUGCCGGGCGGCUCUCGCGACUCAAGGAGAUGUUUGUCGGCUUGGACUAUGGCCUGGAAUGGACUUCCGUGUACCUGGCUACCGCGAUGACUGUUCUGAAACAGAUUUGCGUCAUUUCAUUGCUUUGUCAUUUCUCUGGCUGUGCCUGGUAUGCUUUGGGGACGUUGGCGAUGGAAAACACUUGGAUAAAGGCUAUUCAAGCAAGCUCGGGCUCGGACACGGAUAUUAUGUACAUGUAUGUGACCUCCUUGCAUUGGUCGUUAACGCAAUUCACGCCGGCGUCCAUCGAUGUUGCGGCGGUGAACGUCCCCGAACGCAUAUUCUCUGUGGUGGUGACGCUUGCAGGACUCAUCGUCUUUAGUCUGUUCAUUGGCUCCAUCAAUCAAGCGCUUGGUCGUUUGGCAGCGCUCACUGCGCAAGAGACCCGACAGCAUUUGCUGGUCCGUCGCUAUGUCACCGAGAAGCAAGUCUCAGUGGAGCUUGCUGCAGACAUCCUGAGAUGUAUACAGCAGAGAGGUCUUGGAAAGGAGAGCAGCAAGCUGGUCCUCUCGGAUAUCAAGAUCCUGGAGAGUUUGCCUCGAAAGUUGCUGGUGAAGUUGCAACAAGAAGUCGGUAUGCCGGUGCUGGAGUCUCAUGGGUUGCUCAGACACGUCAGUAACCUCGGCAGUGACACCGAACUAGCAACCUUGUGCUACCGAGCGCUGAAAGAACAGAGUGUCGUAUUUGGCGAGGAGCUCUAUCAGGCUUCUCCCGAUGCGGCCGUGGCUUCAGACUUGGUCGGAGACAAGAUGUACUUUGUGAGGUCUGGGGAGCUGGGCUACAACUUCGAUCACACGCCACAUUUGACGGAUGAGAUCGAUCCGGGUUCACGGAUCAGCGAGCCGGCCUUGUGGAUGCAAUGGCAUUAUCGAGGCAGAUUGGCAUGCACAGCUCAAAAUUCUCACCUUUUCAGCCUGGAUGCCAUGACCUUUCGCAAGGUCAUGACGCGAAGCCAACAUGCAGAUCUCUUUACGUUGUACGGGCGUCUCUUUACGAAAAUGAUGGAGGACUACUGCGACAACAAUGAAGAAGAUGCCAGCGAUUUGUACGGCAACGACGAGCAAGUCAACAAAAUGCUGAAGCUUUGCUCCAUGAUGGCCGCUGGAACCAAAACAGAUUUGCGAGCGGUAUUUUUGGCGUGGAAGAAGGUUUUGCUUCCACGCUCGCAAAUGGAAAUUAUACAGUCGAGGAUCUGUUGCAUCCCGACCAACUUCACUCGCCUGAUUCGCAAGAAACGUGGGGAGUCCUCCGGAGAGCGGGACGAGGAGGACCAAGGCUGAGGCGACCUCCGCC